CUCCCCGCAGGAUGCAAUAUGGCGCCGCCCAUGUAGCUGCUCCUGGAAGUCGUGGAGGGAAGGCUGAGCUUGCUGCGUUUUCUGGCUGUGACACAAGAUGUUCUGAUGAAGGCUGAGUUCGCUCUACUGGCUUGGUUUAUGAGACGCUGCAUCCUGCAGCUGGGCAGAACUGUAACAAAACAGCUGGUUGGAAGGGUCCGGAGAUUCCCGCCACCCAAAGAUCUGCCAGCCAGAAAGCUCUGUCCUUCCAAGCACAUGGAGGGGCAAUGCCCACAGGAAGCCAAUGGCUCCCAUCCAGAGGAGCGGCUGCCUACAUCUGACCUAGCGAUGGAUGCUGGGAGCUGCGCUGGCCCCGUGAAAACUGGGGAGACGGUGAUUGCGGAGGGGAAAGCGAAGAUCAUCUUCCCUAGUGCCAACGAAGUGUUCUACAAUCCCGUGCAAGAGUUUAACCGAGAUCUGACGUGUGCCGUGAUCACAGAAUUCAUUCGCCUUCAGCUUUCGGCCAAGGGGAUUCAGAUUGCCGUCCCAGGAGAGGAGAAGGUCGAGAAGGUGGUUGUGGAUCUUUCCGAAGGGGAGGAGGCUGGGUCGGAACCAGCGCCCGACGAGGAGGGAGCAACGCGGGCGGUGGCGGCAGUGGGAGAAGUGUGCAAGGAAGGAGUGCGGAUCUUGGAGGCCUUGGCCGCCUCGGGGCUCCGCUCCAUCCGCUUUGCCAAGGAGGUGCCUGGCCUCCGGGCUGUAGUGGCCAACGAUUUCUCCUCCAAAGCCGUCGAGCUCAUGGCGAGGAACGUCCAGUUCAAUGGAGUCGGGCACCUGGUGACGUCGAGCUUGGCCGAUGCCAGGAUGCUGAUGUAUCAGCAGAAGGCGGAGAAACAUCCGUUCGACAUCAUCGACCUGGAUCCGUACGGCAGCCCUGCCACCUUCCUGGAUGCCGCCGUGCAGGCGGUGAGUGAAGGAGGCCUGCUGUGCGUGACCUGCACCGACAUGGCGGUGAUGGCCGGGAACAGCGGGGAGACGUGUUACAGCAAGUACGGAGCCAUGUCCAUCAAGGGCAAGUUCUGCCACGAGAUGGCCCUGCGGAUCAUCUUGCACAGCCUGGACCUGCGGGCCAACUGCUACCAGCGCUACAUCGUGCCGCUGCUGUCGGUCAGCGCCGACUUCUACAUCCGGGUCUUCGUGCGGGUCUUCACCGGCCAGGCCACCGUGAAAGCCUCUGCUAGCAAACAGGCCCUGGUGUAUAACUGUGUGGGCUGCGGGACGCACCACUUCCAGAGACUCGGCAAGAUGACCAGCCACGGGAACAAUUUUAAAUACUCGGCUGCCUCUGGCCCCCCAGUGGGCCCCUCCUGUGAGCACUGCCACCAGCGGCACCAGCUGGGUGGCCCCAUGUGGGCAGAGCCCCUCCACGACCCAGCUUUUGUCCAGAGGGUCCUGUCGGCCUUGGGGAGCAACCCAGGACGGUUCGGGACACAGGAUCGGAUCCAGGGCGUGCUCAGCAUGGUGACCGAGGAGCUGAGCGACGUCCCGUUGUACUACACCCUCGACUGCCUCAGCAGCACCAUCCACUGCAACACCCCCUCCCUGCUGCAGUUCAGAUCCGCCCUCCUCCACGCCGGCUACCGCGUGUCGCUCUCCCACGCCUGCAAGAACGCCAUCAAGACGGACGCGCCGCCCUCCGUCCUCUGGGACAUCAUGAGAUGCUGGGAGAGACUCCAUCCCGUGAAGAGAGAGCGACUCUCGGACACCAGCCCAGCCUUCCACAUCCUCUCCGUGGAGCCCACGCUGCAGGCAUCCUUCACCGUCCGCGAGGACGCCAACCCCAAAUCCAGGAAGCAGGGUCUGAAACGAUUCCAGGAGAAUCCCGAAGCGUACUGGGGCCCUAAAGCCAGAGCGAAAGCAGGGGGCGGCAUUUCCACCUCCCUGCAGGACAAGAGGAAGCUGCAUCAGAACAAGCGGAAGGAGAGAGCGGAGGACGGGGGCCACUUGAAAAACCUCCCCUGCAAGAGGCUCAAGGAGGGGAGCGGCGCGGGGGCUGAGAAGUGCUGUCCCUCCCCUGAACCGGCCCCAGAGCCCGUGAAGACCGACAGCCCCCCCCAGUAGCCCGGCCCCGGGCAGGAACAGAGGCUAUGGGGCUUUAUUUUUUAGUUCGGCGAAGGCGCAAGCGUUUUGUUUUAAGACUGACGGUCUCCCACACCCGGCCAUUAAA